CGCUAUUUGACGUCAAGAUGAGUUUUCAAAAACAAGUAUAGUUUGAUCGUUCGACGUUUGUGGAUUUUUUACGUUGGAAUGUGCAUUUUUCAGAAAACAGAAAACAGAAAACAUUAAUACUCAAUACGGAAGCGAAAAUUGAUUAUGAAUUGAAGUAACGAACUAUGUUAACGUGAGUUUUGUGGACACACAAAACAAAGUAUUACGCAAACGCAAGUGAAAGACAACAAAAAAAAAAAGAGGAAGAAGACAAAUAAAAGUCAUCCUUUCAAACAUUAAGGAUUCGCAUAACUUAUUUUAACAAGAACUGAUUUCUAAUUUAAUUUAAUUUAUUAUUUUAUUAUUAAGUGAAAGAUUCAGAGUGGUGACUCUUGGUUUUCACUUGAGAAGAAAAACAUGUUUAGUAACAACACCACAUCCUCCGGGUUGGAUGAUGUACAGAUGUUUCUUGAUGUAGUAAACAAAACCACAUCCUCCGGGUUGGAUGAUAUACAGAUGUUUCUUGAUGCAGUAAACAAAAACACAUCCUCCGAGUUGGAUGAUGUACUAAUGGUUGGCAGAUUUCUAGGAGACAUAUCUGAUAUAGGUGGGAAAAUUGCUGAUGUAGGUGGGAAAAUAGUUCAAGGAGUAGCAGGCCUCGACUUUCUACCGGACAUAUUCGGUAGCGCCUCCAGACUCGACCCGACAUAUGUCGCCUUUGCCAGAUUUUUCAUCUCCACGAUGUGUACACUGGCAACGAUAAACAACAUCUUCCUAAUCGUUGCAGCCAGAAUCACGGACAACGGGAAAACCCGAACGGCAACGUACCUGAGUUCGUUUGCCUUGGUCGGCAUCUUCGCCGCUGCGGUAGUGAUGCCUUAUGGCCUCUACCAGACGUCGGGCGGCUGGAACAGGGUAAUGGCCUUCUUCCUCUGUAACUGUGCGUCCCCCUUCAACAUCAUGGUGUGUACAAAUGCCACACUUCACCUGUUCUUUAUCGCCUGGGACCAGUACAUGUACACGUGUCACUCGAUCAUCUACAAGAUACUGAACGCCUUCGUCCUCUGCUGUAUCGUCUGUUGGCUGGUCAUUGGCUGCUGGGUCGCAGCAUUAAUCGUAUCCUUCUUUCCUGUCAUAGACACGUUAACCGAUGUGUCCAAAUUUAUAUUUGGAGUUAUAUCAUCUUUCUCCUGCUUUCUUCCACCGGGGAAAAUCGCCGUGUUCGUGGGACAGGUGAGGUUCUGCUGGUGGUGUACUCUUCCAGCGUAUUUCGUUCCCAUUCUUUUCGUCAUCCUCUGCUACUGGAGAAUAUGUGUGCAUGCGAAGAAGGAUAUGAAACUGAGGUGCACGUGCCAUUCGCUGAAAGUGGCCUUCAAGGCUAUGCUACAGUCGGAGGAACCCACGGGGGGUAUCGGCGCCAUGAUCUUCCUGUACGUCGUCUGCUGGUUUCCAUUCUUCGUGUGGUCCUUAAUGGAGGAUAGAUUCGGCGUCACAAUGCCCGACUUCUUCAGAGCCGUUUUCUUGUGGAUCGGUUACUCCACGUUUGUCUUCGGUCCUGUUGUCUAUAUCAUCUUCAACAAACCGGUGAGGGAUUUCUUCUGCAAGGUUAUCAAGGUCACCAUAAUCGUUUUCAAGUGCUGUUUCAGGUGUUGUAAGAAAAAUUGCAAAAUAUGCCGUCGGAAGACUAGGAAAUCUGAAAAGUCUACCGAAGGUCAUAAGCCUGCGCAAGUUCGUCGCUCUAAAGAAAAGAACAAAACUGUUAAGGCUAAGAAAACUGAUAAGGUUAAGAAAACUCUUAAGGUUAAGAAAACUAAGUCUUCUAGGUCUAACAAAGUUGGUGCUAAAUAAUGUGAACUAGUUUCGUAUAGUAUUAGUGGGGUGGUGGUGGAGUGAUAGUGGGGUGAUGGGGUAGUAGAGUGAUGGUGGGGGUGUUUCAAAGGGUGGGAGGAGUUAACAUUCUAUUAAACUAAUCGAAAUGUUUCUCUUUGGGUUUUUUUUUUUUUUCCAGUCUGGUCAAACAACAGUAAGCGAGAGACAUAGUGACAGAAGUAGAGACAGAAAGACAGUGAGACAACAGAACUAGGCUUCCACGUGUGGGUAGAUCGCAAAAUGCAUUGUUAUAUAUGCAUAAGCAGCCUCGCCUUUUGUUUUCCAUUAAAAACUACUUGAAACGAUUUUUUAGAAUUGCGUUGACUCACGAAACAAUAACUUACAGUUGUUGCUAGACCAACUCCUGUUACGCUUCGUUCCGUUUACAACCCAUUCCGUGUCAGUAGAUUAUGAGCUUGUGUUGUUGUUGGGGUUUGGUUUUUGUUGUUGUUGUUUUGUUGGGGGUUUUGUGGAGGGGGGAGGUUUUGAGGGUCAACGGUAAAUGACAAAAUGAUUCGCUUCCAGUAAUGACUUCACAUCAUACAAAAGCAAAUGUCUGGAUUGGUCCAAAUAAGAUCAUGCUACUUAAAAAUCCGAUGUUCAUGACAUCAUGAAUCUCAAUGUGGCACUAUUUUCGGCAUUGCAUAUGAUAGAAAACAAAAGAGAUCCUUUCAACUAUAUUCUUAAUUUGAGAUUAAUAAAAUGGCUCUUUAUACGUUAGUUGUAAUGUUGAAGUAUAUGUUCUUUAUUGUUUAAAAUCGUUUGUAUUAAUGUAUGAAAAACAAAUGUGAGAAUUACUUCAUUCGGCUACUGAUGGGGAGAAGCCGAAUCACGGUAAUACGGAUUCUCAUUCAGCGUAUUAAUUGUUUGAAGAAAGAGUUCCAUUGUUAUUUCAGGAUGUCUUUUAUAUUUAAUGAAAUUAUUCAUUUGGAAAUAUGAGAAUGGAAAAUGAUAAUUUGUUACGUUCAUGCAAGGAUGAAAUUUUUUGUUUAACGACACCACUGUAGCACAUUUAGGAGAUGACCAUAAUGCGGUACACCGUUUAUUUACUGCACUGACGUGCGGGGCGGGGGGAGGGGGUGGGCACACACACAUACAUACAUACACACACACACACACACACACACACACACACACACACACACACACACGUCUUGAUCCAGUAGCAGUAGCGGUGGUUUAUAU